AUGUCUUCUGGCAAGUCGUCGCGAAGCAAUGGUCAGCCGACCGAGACGGCUGCGGCGACAGGAGCUUAUCGUAGCUCCGGGGGCUACGAGACAUUAGCCCCACAGACCCAUCACGACACAGCAUCGGAGGGUCGACCUGCGACGAACAAGCCGAAGCGGAGAAAGAACCGUCAUCGAAAGCGUCGCAAUCGCCGGCAGUCCUUUCUUGCGCCUGAAGAAUCCCAUCCUGCGACUGCGGUCUCGGGUGCUGAGGAGGCCAUGAUAGCGGGGGAUCAGCCCCAUUCUCGACCGGCGCUUCCAUUCUACAAUCUGGGAAGGGAUUUGAGCAGUACAAGCUUGGAGAGUGAAGCUCUGCUGGAUCAUCGAAAUCAACCCAUGAUGCGGCCACGGAGAGAAAGCCGGCUGGCACAGUCCUUUCGACCUGGAUCCAUGACGAUUCCGCCUCGUUCUACCGAUUUAGCUUCUCGCGGUACACCCUCCGGUACCAGGGCCUUCCAUGCUGGAGACGACAGCGAUGGAUCAGACGGAAUAGAUGAUCAUACGCCGUUGAUACGACCAUCUUCAGGCCAUCAUAACAACAAAUCGUGGUACGGAACGGAUGCCAAGGCAAGCCCCUUUGCAUCGCGCCAGCGACGUACCUCUGUGCAGUCAACUUCGUCCCGAUGCUCUCCUCGUGGUCACACGACUUCUGAUCCUGAUCGAGAUUAUGACAUUAAUAACCCUCCUUCCAUCCCGAGCUCACCGAAGCUGGGAGGUGAGAUGAACUACGACGAUGCGGUGGUCACGGGUGCAGACUUUGACUUUGCUCUCGCCAAAUCGAUUGAUAAUCGCAACCAGGCGGGCGCUCGGCCCAAUGACAUGGUAAUUGACGUGGACGGUCGUUCCACCCAACCGAAGCCUUCUACUCAGUCCUCCCCCAGUUCACCACAACUUCCGCCUCACGAGGCUCUUCGUCGGCGCCGCACUAUCGCAUUACCGGUUGAGGAGGAUGUUUGCUUUCCGAUCGAAGAGGCCUCAGAGCUCGCCGAGGAGGAUGCACGGAGAACGUCCCGCGAGGACGCUCGGCGGCGGCGGAGAACCAAGGAAUGGCCGGAUUUGUCUGUUCUGGAGGAAUGGAGUCGGGAGGAGAAGGAGGAACGGACUGGCGUGCUUCGCGCCAAAAAGAUCAGCGAGCCCGUGCUCAUUGAGGGCCGACUGAGACCUCAGUACCGAGUGUGGCGGCGCGAGGAAGACGAGGCGCCGUAUCGAUUCACUUAUUUUAACGAGGAGUUUCAGAGUACCAUUCAUGCCCAAAGCAUAUCCGAGCUGGUGCAGCCCGGUGGUAGUUUCCGGGAGUUAUUCAUCCCCGAUCCUCCGGAACUGGAGGUUUCGUCUGAUGAGGAGGACAUUGAGGACGAAAACAUUCACAGUGACCAUUUCACCGACUGCAACCACAAUGGCCAGGACAACGUCAAGGCGGAAGAACCCAGGGCGGCACAGGCCGGUUUACACAAUGGGAACGCUGCCACUGGCCCAAAGAUGCAGCAUGGUAUGUCCGUAAUCAGCGAAGGCAUGUCCGAGGCGCGCACAUCAGUUGAAGCUUCACCGGCGCGCAAAGUCUCACCACCGAAGCCUAAGAAAUUUGGGCCUCGUCCGACCUUCUGGCUGGAUGUUCUCUCUCCGACAGAUGCGGAAAUGCGCGUGAUUGCCAAGGCAUUUGGGAUCCACGCCCUGACGGCCGAGGAUAUCAUGAUGCAGGAGGCGCGUGAGAAGGUCGAGCUAUUCCGAAGCUACUACUUUGUCAACUAUCGGACCUUUGAGCAGGAUCCCAACAGCGAGAAUUACUUGCAGCCGGUGAACAUGUACAUCGUCGUUUUCCGGGAGGGGAUCUUGAGCUUCCAUUUCUCGCAGACACCGCACCCGGCGAACGUUCGCCGGCGUAUCCGCCAGUUGAUGGAUUAUCUGAUCCUCAGUUCCGACUGGAUCUCAUAUGCGCUGAUCGAUGACAUCACGGAUGUUUUUGGUCCGCUGAUCCAGUCUAUUGAGGAUGAAGUAGACGAGAUCGAUGAGAAGAUCAUGAAGAUGCACUCUCCUGGGCGUCCCAUGGAUUCCAACAAUGACAACCCUCCCAACCGCCGAGAGGAUGAGGAGGAUGAGCCAGAACCACCGGCUCCCGGCGAGAUGCUGCGACGCGUGGGAGAAUGCCGUAAGAAAGUCAUGGGGAUGUACCGAUUGCUCAGCAACAAGGCAGACGUUGUGAAGGGGUUCGCUAAGCGAUGCAACGAGCAUUGGGAAGUGGCGCCGAAAUCCGAGAUUGGGCUGUAUUUGGGAGAUAUCCAAGAUCACAUUAUGACUAUGACUAGCAGCCUGACCUACUACGAGACGCUACUGUCACGAGCGCAUUCGAACUAUCUAGCCCAAAUCAACAUCUUGAUGAAUGAACGACAAGAGCAGACAGCAGAUGUUCUUGGGAAGCUUACCGUUCUCGGAACAAUUGUGCUUCCCAUGAACAUCAUCUGCGGUAUGUGGGGGAUGAACGUCAAGGUUCCCGGUCAAGACAUAGAUAACUUGUGGUGGUUUUGGUCAAUUACUGGAGGCCUGAUCUUCUUCGCUUUUGCUUCCUUCCUGAUUGCAAAGCGAGUCUACAAGAUCGUCUAG